ACCAAUCAGCAUUCGGAACAGAGGGUUUAACUCCUAUUUAAAAUGAAGACUUUGAAUCUUAACGGCUGAGCUCUCGGGAGGACUUGGUUUCUUUGGGUCGGAGGUGGGAGUCCACAGGCAUCAUGGACAGAUGUAAAGAAAACUGCAUCUCAGGGCCUAAGACUGCAGUUCCAGUUAGUGAUGGCCCAAAACGUGUUCCAGUGGCUCAGCAGUUUCCCUCUCAGAAUCCGGUGUCUGUGAACAGCGGCCAGGCUCAGCGCGUCCUGUGUCCCACAAAUUCCUCUCAGCGUGUUCCUUCACAAGCACAGAAGCUAGUCUCCAUCCAGAAACCAGUACAGACCCUGAAGCAGAAGCCACCGCAGGCAGCCAGCGCCCCUCGUCCUGUCACCAGGCCGCCAAGUAACACCCAGAAGAGCAAACAACCCCAGCCACCAGUGCCUGGAAAUAAUCCUGAGAAGGAAGUGGCAUCAAAACAAAAAAAUGAAGAAUCAAAAAAAAGGCAAUGGGCUUUGGAAGAUUUUGAAAUUGGUCGCCCGCUGGGUAAAGGAAAGUUUGGUAAUGUUUAUUUGGCGAGAGAAAAACAAAGCAAGUUUAUUCUGGCUCUUAAAGUAUUAUUCAAAGCUCAGCUGGAGAAGGCAGGCGUUGAGCAUCAGCUGAGAAGAGAAGUAGAAAUACAGUCGCAUCUCAGGCAUCCAAACAUCCUCAGACUGUAUGGUUAUUUCCAUGAUGCUACCAGAGUUUACUUAAUUUUGGAAUAUGCACCCCUCGGAGCUGUCUAUAGAGAACUUCAGAAACUGUCAAAGUUUGAUGAGCAGAGAACUGCCACAUAUAUCACAGAAUUGGCAAAUGCCUUGUCUUACUGUCAUUCAAAGAGAGUUAUUCACAGAGACAUUAAGCCAGAGAACCUGCUCCUUGGAUCAGCUGGAGAGCUUAAGAUCGCCGAUUUUGGGUGGUCGGUACAUGCCCCAUCCUCCAGGAGGACCACCCUCUGCGGCACGCUGGACUACCUGCCCCCUGAGAUGAUUGAGGGCCGGAUGCACGACGAGAAAGUGGACCUCUGGAGCCUUGGGGUGCUUUGCUAUGAGUUCCUCGUCGGGAAGCCUCCUUUUGAGGCAGACACGUACCAGGAGACCUACAGAAGAAUAUCACGGGUGGAAUUCACAUUCCCUGACUGCGUGCCCGAGGGAGCCAGGGACCUCAUUUCAAGACUGCUGAAGCACAAUCCCAGCCAGAGGCCCACCCUCAAAGAAGUACUUGAACACCCCUGGAUCACAGCCAACUCAAAACCAUCAAGUUGUCAGAAAAAAGAAUCAACUAGCAAACAGUCUUAAUCUUUGGGGGCAGAGAUCCUUAGGCCAGGGCUGCCUUGUCCUGGAGCAGGCUGCUGGCAUGUCUCCCUGUGGCCUGCCCGCCAUCGAGACUCUACAGGACAUGCUGCUGACAAGCAGGCAGUGCUCGGAGUCCCACUUCUGCAGACACCACACCCUACAGCAGUGGGCGCAGCCGUGAGAAUCGUGCUAAUAACUUCACUGGUUAUAGAAUCAAUCCGGAGGCAAGGUUUGAGGGCAGCCACCCCGAAGCCUAUUUGGAGUAAGGCGUCCUCGUGGAAGAUGGACUCAGAGCCUGGCUGUGGGGAAGGGGGUCAUGCCUAGUCCUGCCUCGACCCUUGAAACACUGUGCAAUAACCUUCCCAGUCCUGUGUGUGUGUAACUUAUCGGGUGGCCCAGUCUGGUAACGCUGUCAGAAUGAACAUGUGAUUCUUCCUUUUAAAUGUUAAAAUAAAGACUUUUGUAUAGCCUUGUA